CCCAUAAAGAGCAUUUUCAACUACGUACUGUGCUAAAGGAAGAUAGAAUAACUUGGGAUAUUGGUAUGAGAAACGUGGUUGAGGAACAACAGGAGCAGGAGCAGCGUGCCCAAGUUGUGUGGCGGCGACGUUGCCACAGUGGCCAGGCGGCCGGCCUCCCUCCCAGAGCCUCAAAUUAUUCAAGGCCAAGCGUGUGUGUGAUCUCCGGCACUCCCGUUGUCACGUAUUCCAGCCCGCUACAAACAUUUCCCUUCCAGUUAUGGACGUAUACAGUGUUAAUGUACUUGCCAUCUUACAUUUUUAAGCAUCAGAUCAGAGGGAGAGCAAGUGAGAGAGAGACUUGGUGCAACUAGGCAAUAGUUUCAGCAUUUAUAUAUAUAUUUUCCAUUUUCAUUUGCUUGAAAUUUUUAUUGCCAUGGCUCCCCGGAAAGGUGGAGCCACCAAUAAAAGUGGCUCAAAAGGAGCGCCCAAGAAACGGGUAGCCGCAAAUGGAUUCAAACUCCCAGACCCUAUUGCUCCAGGAGUUAUCAUUACUGAUGUUGUGAAGAAACGAUGGAAAAUUGGACACAGCAUAGGUGUUGGUGGUUUUGGGGAGAUCUAUUUGGCUUCUGAUGAUGUUGAUAAGCCUGUGAGUAAUUCUGCCGACUAUGUCAUCAAAGUGGAACCUCACAGCAAUGGACCCCUCUUUGCUGAAAUGCACUGUUAUAUGCGUGUGGCUAGGCCUGAACAUAUUGAAACAUGGAAGAGAGAGAGAAAGCUCAAGCGCCUGGGGAUGCCUAAGUUCUUGGGAUCUGGUUCAUUUGAAUAUAAUAGCCAAAAGUUCAGGUUCAUGGUGAUGGAACGAUUUGGUUGCGAUCUCCAGAAAAUUUUGGAGCAACACAGCAAAAGAUUCUCAUUCAAGACUGUUUAUCAAGUUGGCAUUCAGAUUUUGGACGUGUUGGAAUACAUUCAUAGCAAGGAAUACAUCCAUGCUGACAUAAAAGCAUCUAAUCUCUUGAUUGGAUAUAAACCCGGUACUGAGAAUCAGGUGUUUUUAGUAGACUUUGGCCUUGCUUGUCGCUAUGCAAAUGAUGGGAAGCACAAGGAGUACAAGUAUGACCAGAGGAAAGCCCAUGAUGGAACCAUCGAGUUUACUUCAAGGGAUGCCCAUAUAGGUGCUCACUCUCGGCGAGGAGAUUUGGAGAUCCUUGGUUACAACAUGACUCAGUGGUUAUGUUCCUGUCUGCCAUGGGAGGACAAGCUUCAGGACUGUAACUACGUAUUUGCACAGAAACGAGGCUUCAUGGAGGAUGUUAGCUCAUUCAUAUCGCGAUGUUUCCCCGAUACUAAGCCCCCAGGUUUGGGGGACUAUCUGGAGUAUGUUGUCAAUCUAGCAUUUGACGAGCAGCCCGAUUAUGAAAAAUGCCGUAAUAUUCUGCGGGAAGGACUCAAAGCACGAGGAUACAGAGAUGAUGGAAAAUUGGUGUUCAUGUCUGCAACUCCUGUGCCUCCUAAAAAGACAAAGUCUCGUAUUGACCGUAAGAAAACUACCAAAAGACGAUCAGAAGAGGAGGAAAACAUUGGUGAAUUCACGCCCAAGAAGUUAAAGAGAAAUUCCAACAUCUCUCCAUGUAGACCCAGAAAUAAAAGAGUGAAUACCAGAACCUGUCCUAGGAGUUCCUUGGUUGGCAUAAGUUUAAGUAAACCUUGUCAACCAGAAUUCCCACCUGUAGACACUGAAGACAUUAUGAUUGAAAAAGAGAAUCAGAAGAUGGCUGCCCGUAAACAGAAGCAAAGACCUAGAAGACUGGCUAUUGUGAAAGACACGUCUCUUGAUAAUCCGACUCCACAAAUGAUUGAAAUUAUGAACAAGAUAAGAGAAAAAUCUGCAUCUCCACCGAUAUGCCAAAAGCGGCAUAGACACAACAGCAACUGCUACAGUAAUAGAAGUAGUCCCACCAAUGAAGAUAUUCCAUCACAAUUUACCCCAGAGAUGGAAGCAGUUAUGAGAAAACGAGCCGAGAGACUAUCUAGUUCUGAGAGUGAAAUGGAUUCCUACUCUAGUUCAUCUUCAGACGUAGGCUCACCCCAAAGGUUCGAUUCCUCUGAGAGUGAGGACUCAAAUGAUGCCACUGUUUAUUACUCUCCUCCUGUCUCCCCUUCAUAUGUGGCUCAUCAAAAUAAUACAGCGAGAAAUGUCAGGGGAAACACGAGACGGAAAGGAACGAUGCCUAUCUCUUCACGUGAAGUUGCUGCGCUGUAUGUGACUGUCCCUGCAGAAGUAAGAACCAUUGGAACGCAAACCUCGCCAGGUGUUAGAGUGACCCGUAGUGUAUCAAGACAGACUUCCCCAGAACUUUUUUAAGGGGGAAUAAGAGUUUAUAUAGUUAUAUUUAUGAAAAUUUAGUGAUACAAACAUUUUUAAGUGUGCUGGUGCUCUUGAAUAAAAAAUGAAUGAAAGGAAAUACAUUUAUAAAAUGGAGGCUGAUGUUAUAACUGAAAUCUAAAGGAAUGGAACACUGCUAUUCCUAGUGAAGUAAGCUGGUUUGGAAAUGCACUGGAAAAUAUGUUCUAAUAAACUGAAACUGGGGUAUUAGACUUUAGCCGUGUCACCUGUUCCAUAACCAAAACCACCUGUGUAUUUGCAAAAUCUGGUUGUACUCUGGAGUGAAAACGUUUAAGAAUGAGACCAAUAUUCCAAUUUAAUGAUAUGAAAUAAGUGGACCAGGCUGUGUUAUGCAGUAACUAAAACCAUGAAAAUUCAUAGUAAUGACAUUUCUGUAAAUAUAUUAUACAUUUCUCCUUUUUCUUUGCCAUUGAUUGAAUCAUUACUAACUUGCCAAUUUGUAAUAUUUUCAUUUCAUUCAGUUAAAUGUUUCUAAAUUAUUUCAUCACAUUUUUCAUUGUCAUUAUUUCAUGAUGUAUUUUAUGCCAUUUCAUACUAAAUUAUUGUAUGACUAUAUUUCAGAUUAACCCAGUUUAGUUUGAUAUAAACUAGUAUUUCUUUAAAACGUUAUCAAAUAUAAUAGUUUUACUGAACUUUGCUAAUCUGGUAAUUUACAUAUUUUGUAUUUUUUUGUUUAUACGUGAAAUGUGUGGUGUUUAAUAAACUUGAACCCUCAAAAUUAGUUAAAAAUGGAAUAAUCCAAAGAUGUUAAAUUUCUUAAAAUUAUUCAGACAAUGAGGCACUUGUGGCAUUAUGAAUAUUGUUAGUGAAAUUUGUAUCUAAAUUUUUACACUAGUUAUUGUUUAAACAAACUAACUGAAAAGAUCAUGCAUUUCUUGAAGUUUGUUGAAAGGCAAUAAAAGGUUGUGUAAUAUGAUGAAAUGGGUUAAAUUUUCCCUUUGUAUAUUUUUAUUCUUGUGUACUUAAUCUCAAAUGAAAUGAGUAUUUAAUGAAAUUUUAUUUUUAUUUUUUAUUUCCAUUUUCCUCAAUUACUUGCACUCGUGUAUUGAUAUCAAUAUACACUCUCAACGCUUGGUGGGAAGGGAAGACACAGUACGCUGCCCCUGCCUCUUUUCUUUCUCCCUCUAUCAUUCUCUUCCCUUCACUCCUUUUUGUUCUUUACCCCCCCCCCCCUUUCUCUGUGCAUUCUCUUCCACUUUCUUUGUUUACACGCUCUCACUUAUUCUUUUUUUUGUAGGUUCUCUAUACAAAAUUGUCAUCAUAUUUUGGGUGGAGCAGUGAUUUUCAAGCUACUGGUAAGGUAAUUUUAAUAUAGUAUACCUAUAAAGAUCAAGUUUUUGGACUUAAGGUACUCUUUAAAAAUUAUCAACUAGUAGACUAAACUUUCAUCCUUACUUUAAGAUCUCAUAAGAUUCAUAUUGUUUUUGCUCAAAGCUGCGGCUCCAGACUCAGUCAUUACUGGUUUAUUCCAUUGUACAGUGUACAUUUAUUUUAUUUUUUUUUUUAAAUAAAGUGUUUAAAUACAA